CGAAACAGGAGGAGCGUUCGUAUUUUUUUUUACUCUCCAUAUUUUUUUAUUUACCAUAUUUAUUUAUUUAUUAUUUGUUUUUUUUAGGAGCAGUAUGGGGUUUGUGAUGGCGUCAGGUUCACAUCAUUGGGGGAUUACAACCUAGUGAAUUAACCAGCCAUCUGAAUCGCCGAAGAGGAUGGAAAUGCGUCCAUUGGACAUAAAUAUAAAAGGUCUGAAGGUCUGAUAUUUUCGUGGUUGAAGAGCCUCAGAUGCACAUUGAGACACUAGAGAGAAGGCGGAGAUGACCAGAAAAUUGUCACGGACAAAAAUAAUCCUAUCUCGAUAUAUUGUCUUUGUUUACUGAUUAUAAAUGUUGAUGUGAUCAUGGAUGGCGUAGUAUCGGUCAAUGGUGUUUAAAGGAGUCACACAUGUGAAAGGAGAUUGAAAAAAGCAGGAAAGACGAGCUGAGAAACAAGGAAGCGAUCUCUCUCUCUCUCAUUCUCUCAUUGUGUCCAUAAUAUAAUAGGACAAUAUAUAUCUAAUGCUCAAGCAAGAAGCAUGCGACUCCACACGAGCAGUUGAAUGCAGAGGGGAUGUCAGGCAGUAAGGCGCUGGGAGGGGCACGGCGGCGACGGACACGUUGCCGGCGCUGUCAAGCCUGUAUGCGUACCGAGUGCGGCGAGUGCCACUUCUGCAAAGACAUGAAGAAGUUUGGUGGACCAGGGCGGAUGAAACAGUCCUGCCUGCUCAGGCAAUGCACUGCCCCGGUGUUGCCACAUACAGCCGUGUGUUUUGCAUGUGGUGAAGCAGGAAAGGAAGACACAGUGGAGUCGGAGGAGGAGAAAUUCAGCCUCUCCCUCAUGGAGUGCACCAUCUGUAAUGAGAUCAUCCACCCUAGCUGCCUGAAGAUGGGUAAAUCUGAAGGUAUUAUCAAUGAUGAGAUCCCAAACUGUUGGGAAUGUCCAAAGUGCCACAAGGAAGGGAAAACCAGUAAGGAUCAGGGAGAUGGUUUAGGAAAGAGAAGAAUGGACAAUGGUGAAGUGAGUCGCUGGAAGCUGACAGAUGACCCUCCACCCAGUAAAAAGAAGCCCACAUCUCUAGAAGAUACAGCACGUCACGAUGGACAUAAACGUAAGAAGGAGAAGGAUCUGCCACAAGAGAGUGUUUCAAAAAAGAAGAUCAAAGGUGCCCGUGAUAAACAUCUGAAAAAGAAAGCGAAACCCAAGUCCUCUGAUUCCUCUGAAGCCAAUGGGCCAAACUCGUCAUCGGGUGGCAGUCACAGUUCAGGUGGUGGUUCAAGCGUAGCGCAGCCAUCAUCCAUAAACCCCAGCCAGGACCAGCGCUCGCAUCACCGUGAAAAACUGGAGCGUUUCAAACGCAUGUGUCAGCUUCUGGAGCGAGUACGCGACUCAAGCUCUUCCUCUUCAUCCAGUUCUGAAACAGACUCUGAGUCUGACUCAGAUUCGCCGUCUCCCGCUGUGGCUUCUGAGCCAUCCUCUCCAUCUGCCUCAUAUGGCAACAGCUGCACUCGUGAGCGAGAGCGAAACCGCCGUCUAGCAGAGCUGGGCUUCAGUGCCAGUGAUGAUUCUGAAGAUGAGCGUGUCAUUGCAGAACAAGAGCAGGACAACGGGAGUGAGCCGCAAACGCAGCGGCGCAGAGGUGAUGCUGGUCCCAAAGUACGCAAAGUGGUUAUUGACACUGAAGCUGAUGAUGAACAAGGGUCGAGUGACCGGGGUCGUAAACCCGUCACACUGGCCCCACCUUCACCACUGUCAACUACACAAGCACCACCCUCCGGACAAGGGCACUUAACGGGACACGAGGGUCUCCCCUCCAAGCGCUCUAAUGGACAGGAUGCACGUAAUGGGCGCACACGGGUGGGUGGGCGAGAAACACAAGAGAAGGAGAAUUCAAACAGCAGUACUGUAAGCAAUCAUCGGCAUGGUACCAUGAAGUCCGUUCGUGGCAGUAAGAUUCGCGGUGGAAGUCGGCAAGGCCAGAAUGUUCCAUCCAAUAAGAGCACGGGUACAGCGACGGUCGGUUCUGGUACUGCUAACGGCAGCACUGCCAUGUCUAACCUGGCUAACCCAGUCAGCAGCUCGCUGCCAUUGCAUCGGUCUCAGCAGUCACGCUUGAUACCGGCACACUCGCAAAUGGUAAAGCGCAGCCCUGCAGCCAUGCCUUCACCACCAAGGCCCGUGCAAAUGGAGAGACACUUGGUGCGUCCACCACCAUCCUGUCCCGAACCACAUUGCCUGCCAUUAGACAGCGGUGCUUCACACGUGCUGCCGAGGGAGGUGUGGCUUAGUGUCUUCCAGCAUCUUAGUCAACGGCAGCUGUGUGUCUGCAUGCGGGUUUGUCGCACAUGGAGCCGCUGGUGCUGUGAUAAGAGGUUAUGGACUCAAAUUGAUUUGAGUCGUCAGCGCUCUAUAACUCCUCCAAUGCUGAGUGGUAUAAUCCGUCGACAACCCAUCUCUCUUAACCUGGGCUACACCAACAUCUCCAAGAAACAGCUCAUGUGGCUUAUUAACCGUUUACAAGGUCUUCUGGAGUUGAAUGUGUCGGGCUGCCCGUGGUCUUCAGUUUCUGCCCUAUGUCAGUCUGUGUGCCCGUGUCUUCGUCUGCUUGAUCUCAGUCGAGUUGAAGAUCUCAAAGACUCUCAUCUUAAAGAACUGCUGGCUCCGCCCUCCAAUGACACACGCUCAGCUCAUGGGGAUAACCGAGGUGGACGAUUCCAGAAUGUGACAGAGCUACGACUGGCUGGUCUGGAAGUGACUGAUGCAUUGUCACGCCUGAUAGUGCGGUACCUUCCUCACCUGACAAAGCUUGACCUAAGUCAGUGCUGCCACAUCACAGACCAGACAAUCCUCACGCUAACCUCUCCAAUAUCACCACUCAGAGAGAGCCUCAUCCAUGUCAACCUGGCAGGUUGUGUGAAGGUAACAGAGCAGUGUCUGCCAUUCCUCCGCCGCUGUGCUUCGUUGCAGAGCGUGGACCUGCGUUCAUGUGGCCUACUUGCGCCGGACAUCUGCCAGCUUCACUGCUUCCCCUCCCCUGAAGACAGAGUCCUGCUGAAGAACAGCUAAAGACUACUGCCUCAAACGCACUACAGGAACAAACUCGCUAGAGAGAGAGAGAGCUCAUUCAUCAUGGACAAUAUGCUGCUUGUAAUUCUGGAUUCACCGUUUGUGAACAGACAAAUCAAACUUAUGUAGAUAUUCUGUACCAGUAAUGAGUGGGUGUACAAAUGUGUAGUUUGCUGUAAAUUAUCCACUCAUGUGCGCAGUUCCCGCAGUCCGCCCCCAGCACAGCUCAAUGUCCUGUUGGGAAUGCUGGCUCUAUUCUAGGGUGCAAGACGAUGCCGAAUGUAUCUUACUGUGGACAGGUCUCGAACACGGAGCCAUAUUUGUGCAUUUGGGUGCAUCUCACAAAGAAUAUGUCCAGGUGUUCACAGCAAACUCAAAAGAAAAACAUAUUGACAUUAUCAUUGCAUAAAGAAAAUGAAGCCUUUUUUGUAGAAACAUUCAGAUUUUGUUUGGUAAUUCUUAUUACCAGUGUGUCUGGUCCUUUCACUUUUGUUUUUUUAUUUGUAAUUCCCAUUAGUCUUUAUGGUGAUUCUCAGAAUUGUAGUAGUAAUUUUCUAUUGUAUUAAUUAAAACAGAUUCUGUAAUACAGGAAAGUUCAAUAAUUGCUAUCAUGAUAUUUAAAUAGUUAACCAUUUAAAUCAUAUAUUUUUUUGCAUUUUGGUAUAGUAAUUUGAUUGGAAAUGUUUUAUUUUCAUGAAAGUAAUUUCGCAAUGUAAAAAGUCCUACUGAUUCUAAAACAUAAUGUAAAAUAAAUGUUGUUUCCCUCUUUUGAUUUUGAGGUGAAAUGCGACCUGUACAUUUCUUAAGUUUUGUGAGAUGAAACCCAUUAAUUUACUAGAUAGAUAUUGGGAGGUGCGUGCGUGCGUGUGUGUGUGUGUGUGUGUGUGUGUGCGCGCACGUGCGUGCGUGUGCUGGUUGUGAAGUGUUAAUGUAUCUCUUCAGCAUUGGAUCUUUGAUGGCCUCUAAGUCUCAUAUCCUGCUGCUGAUCUCUUUGGCUUGAUCUAUUAGAUUUAUUGGAGACCGUAUAUGUUCCUUCUCAUCUGUAUUUGUGCCGCUGGCGCACUCGGUCUCUCUGUGCCGUUCACACAGCUGCCCUUUCCCUUCAGUUUCUGCUGUUUAUUUCUGCUUACUGCUGCUCUGCUUGUGAUCACUGAUCAGUUUGCUUGUUAAAUCUGAUCACUGAAGAGCGCACAGUCAAUGCUAUGCAUCUCUAAGCAUUGAACUUAGUAACCAGCUGCAUUGAGUGGCAAUUGUUUCUUACGAUGGUGCAUUAUAUUCCGCUGUAUCUGCAAAGGUUUUUCACUGCACUAUGAUUAGAGCAAGAGGCAACGUGGCGACACAAGUUCAGUAAGUGCUGAGGGACUGCUGUUUUUCCAUCACAUAGUAGUGACUCUCGUUUGACUCGUUGUCACGUUUGAGUCACAUUCUCCCAUGUGCUCCCAUUUAAACCCAGAAGGGUCCAAACAUUUUUCCUCUCGAAAGCAAUCAAAAACCAGGAAACAUCAAAUAAAUCUUUGUUGUUUUACGGGACCUUGUAGAAUAGCCUGCUAGUUUUUGAGUGCAUCUAUCAUCAAAUUAAUUUUCUGUUUUAAACUCUAUUCAGUAUUAUCAGAGCCGAUCGCUUACAAAAGACUAACCCGGGGGUAGAAAACUUAACUCUUUGCUGCUCAGAUUCUGUAUAUCCAUACCUGCUGUUCUUCAGAGUCCCUUGUCACCCUCAUUACAAUUUUAACAUAGAUCUUUGAAUAUUUUAAAAGCUGGUUUAGCAGGCCUUAGAAGUAUUUCACUAAUUGAAGGCUUCAUUAUGGAUACACAUGUUUUGGACUACACAACUCUUCCAGUCAAGACAUUUUCAUGUGGUUGGGUUCAUUGUGCAUUAUUGGCGAUGUUGCCAUCUUUUUGGUUUUAAAUUCCAGUUUCUUUUUCUCUGUCGAACCAUUGAAUGGGGCAUUUCUUAAAACAACUUGUUUUAAAUUUCUUUGUGAGCUCUGCAACCUCUAACCUCCUGUAUAUGUUGCAUGUCAACACCUUGCACUGACUGUAUUCCUUAAACACGUAAAUGCAGUAUUGGGUCUACAUGGCAGUUAAAGUGGUUGAAUGUGAGUACAUUAAGGAAUGAAUGAAAUCGCUUCAAUAUUUUAACUUGACAAACAGCAUCCCUUAAAAGUGAACUCUUAAAAUAAAUGACUGUCAUUGCAAAUACAAAAUCAGAAGCGUUGUUGACACCAUAUUGAUACAGUGAAUUAUUGUGUUUUAUACAUUUUAGAUGAUACAAUGUCAAAUGCAGUUUGCAUUAAAAAAAAAUACCAUGUACAUCUGAAAUUAUCUGUGUGCAGUUUGUAGUUAAAAAUCAAACACUGUUGUUCAGCAUCAUAAUAGGUGUUAUACUGGUUCCCCUUUACCCACAUGUGUUGUUGUGCAGGUUCAUAGCCUACUCUACUGAAAUGCCACAUCUGAACCAAACAGAAUUUCACCCUCUAAAUAGGGCUGGAAUCAUAUUCUUGGACAAAUUUUCUAUUUUGGGCAUUUUCUUUUUUUGUUGUUGAUUUAAAAAAAUUUCUAUUGUUAUUUUUUUUGUUUCUUCCAUUGCAUUGAUACAAGUGAGAAAGAUGUAUAAAACAAUAAGAAAAGAAAAACUCAAGGCAGCUACUAUAUGAGUGACUACUAUAAAAUGUCUAAAUAAAUAAAGACA